AUGGUGGUCAACACCAUCCACUGGUUCAGGAAGGGGCUGCGGCUGCACGACAACCCGUCUCUAAGGGACUCAAUCCGGGAUGCGGACACCCUGCGCUGCGUUUACAUCCUGCUGGACCCCUGGUUUGCAGGGUCCUCCAAUGUGGGCAUCAACAGGUGGAGGUUUUUGUUGCAGUGCUUAGAGGACUUGGAUGCAAGCCUGCGAAAAAUCAACUCUUUUUUUGUCAUCAGAGGCCAGCCCACAGAUGUCUUCCCAAAGAUUUUUAAGGAAUGGCAGAUUAACCGUUUAUCUUAUGAGUAUGAUGAGCCAUUUGGCAAGGAACGUGAUGCUGCCAUCCAAAAACUAGCCAGGGCAGCCGGGGUAGAGGUGAUGGUGCGGACCGCUCACACCCUGUACAAUCUGGACAAGAUCAUAGAACUGAAUGAGGGUCAGCCUCCCCUCACCUACAAGCGCCUCCAGGCCCUCAUUAGCCGUAUGGAUGCUGUGGAGCUGCCGGCAGAGACCAUCACGUCAGAGGUUAUUAAGAAAUGUGCCACACCCAUCAGCGACGACCAUGAUGACAAGUUCGGGGUGCCCUCCCUAGAAGAGCUUGGUUUUGAGACAGAGGGCUUGCCCACAGCAGUGUGGCCAGGUGGAGAAACUGAAGCCCUCAUGAGGCUGGAGCGCCACCUGGAGAGGAAGGCAUGGGUGGCCAACUUUGAGCGUCUGCGUAUGAACGCCAACUCCCUGCUGGCCAGUCCCACAGGCCUCAGCCCCUACCUGCGCUUCGGAUGUCUCUCCUGUCGACUCUUCUACUUCAGACUUACCGAUCUGUACAAGAAGGUGGAGUAUGAAGGACUGAAACAUGGGAUCAAAGUCCUCGAGGAGGAGACUGUCCUCCUCAACAGUCAGCUGGAAGACGCACUACGUCUGAAAGACAUUUCUCAGGGUCAGUUGGAGGAGGCCUUAGAUGCCCUAAAGAGUGAGCGUGAGCAGAAGAACAAUCUGAGGAAGGAGCUGGCCCACCACCUCAGCCUGAGUGACAGUGUAUACGGAGCAGGGGCCCACCUGGCCCUCACCGUCACUGGCGUUGAGGGUCUCAAGUUCUCUGAGGAGACCAACAUCACCAACGGUGCUGCUAACGGCAACAACGAGGACAGCAAUAGUCGCAACGGUCAUGUUCACGCAGGCACCGGAUUGGCUAAAAUGAACGGGAGAGUACAGACCGGGCUGAAAGGAGAAGGCCUGCACCCGGUGCCGGACCUGUUCAGUGAACUCAACCUGUCCGAGAUACAGAAGCUCAAACAGCAGCUACUACAGGGUGGCCUGUGUCAUGUUAUUGGUGACUCCUGCUGCACUUACGUUCCCGACACCAGCAAAAACAUUACCGACACCGUGCUACACCUUAACAACCUGUUGGCCAACAUGAAAGAUGAAGACAUAUCCACUGCGAGUGGCUGGGACUGGUGGUCCUGGCUUACAUCGGCUUUCGUUCAGUACGCUGCUAUCCCACUCCAAGAUCCUAUGGGGCGCCACACCUACGCCAACCUUUUGCCCCAAACAUUCUGGCGUGCAGGUGCCCCUGUGACCGAGUCAGAGUCAGAUUCUGAAUUUGACACUGCGAUAUAA